GUAUUCAUAAGCCGGCUGUUUCUCAAGGAAACUGAACUUGCUAUAUCGUCAAUAACAUCGUGAAGAUGACUGACAAGACGUCAGACUUUAGCUUUUCGUACGUCUUUCCUUUCGAGAAGAACUUUGACGAAGAGUCAUUCUGGCAAUGGAUUCGAGAAAAUUGGACACUGUCACUUUGGUACUCUUUAGCCUACAUAGUUUUCAUUUUCGGCGGAAAAUAUUAUAUGGAAAGGCGACCAAGAUUAGAAAUUCGAGUGGCAUUGGCAGUAUGGUCAAGUAUAUUGGCAAUAUUUUCAAUAUUAGGUGCGAUGAGAACUAUGCCUGAGCUUAUUUACGUAAUAAAUAAAUAUGGAUGGGAAUUUUCGGUAUGCAACCCCUCGUAUGUGUAUUAUUCGCCGACAGCUUUCUGGACGUGUCUUUUUGCUUUAUCAAAAGUUUAUGAAUUGGGUGAUACGAUAUUUAUUGUCUUAAGAAAACAACAGCUUAUUUUUUUGCAUUGGUACCAUCAUAUAACAGUUUUAAUCUACGUAUGGUACAGUAUACCUGAACAUACUGCUCCCGGAAGAUGGUUUAUCGUGAUGAAUUAUACUGUACACUCUUUCAUGUAUACUUAUUACGCUCUAAAAGCUAUGAGAGUAAAAGUACCAAAAUUUAUAUCAAUGGUCAUUACUAGUCUACAAAUAACACAAAUGAUAAUAGGUGUUGCAGUUAAUAUAUGGGCAUAUCACGUUAAGGGCAAAGGAGGCUAUUGUCAACAGUCAUACUCAAAUCUUAAAUGGUCAUCUAUUAUGUAUUUGAGUUAUUUCGCCUUGUUUUCGAACUUCUUCUAUCACGCCUAUUUCAAUAAGAAGAAACCUUCUGUACAAGAUAUAAAAAAAAUGGAGAACAAAAAGCAAAAUUAG